AUGAGCACGGCGAAACCGUUCCUGAAGACGCAGUCUGGGAAUACCACGAACCCUGGUCGUGGACUUCAAUCUGUUCAGAGACUGGCUCAAAGUGGGUAUGGAAGGCCACUGGCAACAAAGACUUUGCGGCAGCUGCGAAACGCUUUACAAGAGAUCUUGUUCAGAGCUCCUACGACAAUGACUUGCCUGCUGAGUCACGUACAUCGGAAGUUAAUGAGUCUAUUGCUUUUGAAUACGUCGAUGCUCACAUUUGAGCUUGAAGCAUUCUAUCGUAAUUGCUGGGAGUCUUCGCUUGGGAUCGUUGACCGGACCGCUUUCGAAGCUCGUCUCCGAGGCCAUUAUCGUGGCCAAACCCAAAGAGACGAUGUCGCCUUUUACGCCCUUCGCCAUGUCAUUUACGCGGCUGGUCUUCGAAGUAUACUCUCCGAGGACUCUACCGUGUCCUUUGCAAUUGCCCAAGCAGAUCCCGGACGCUAUUUCAAGAUGGCAUUAUCGGUGCUCACCAAACUUCUCCUCCCUCCUUCCAACUUGACAGCGAUACGAGCAUUGGUACUGAUGUCAUGCUAUACUGAAGCCUUGGGCCAUCUCGGUCUCAAGAAUUUCUUGUGCUCGAACGCCGUUCAUCUCGCUCAAGCCAAGGGGCUCCAUCGUCAGCCAGACAGAGCAUGGGGGAGGUGUCCCAAAGAAGCGCUCGAAAGAAGCAACUUAUGGUGGACAUUGUAUGCUCUAGAGAAGUACCUCUCCCAGAGCAGCUGCCGCGCGUCGGCGAUUGAUGAUGAGAAUAUCAACAUCUUCACGCCCGACGCCUAUCCGUCCAUACAACCACAUUCCCCAUGCUUCCGAAUCAUCAUUCGUCUUGCCAAAAUUCAGUCUGGCAUUGGCCGUCGACUUCUUUCGCUUAAGGCACUUUCUAUGACUGCCGACGAGCUCAUCCAGACUGUCACGAAAUUUCAUGAUGAAUUGAAUCUUCUACUCAAUGAAAUACCAGAAGAACUCCAGAUUAGUGCUUUGGGUCGGUCUUCUCAUUCUUCCAAGCAGGUCCACGAGAUCUUGUACCUCCAUUUUAGUAUCCACAGCAGCAUUAUGGCUGUACAUUGCCAUUUCUUCUAUCCAUGGUUGGUUUCACGAUUCACUGGUACUCGCUACAACGCCAUUGUCGAAGGUCGAGUUGCAUUAUCGUCUGACAUCACUGCCGAAGCCGCGCGAAAGAUCAUUCUAGCUCUUCGACUUGUCAACGCAACUGCAAACACACCCUCAUGUUUGGCGUUCUACUAUCCGCUCCAUGCAAUGGUGAGCCUCUUCAUUCAUAUAGUCAAGCAUCCAACAAUUCCCUCCGCCGCGACCGACCUUGGCCUUCUAGAUGCUUGUGUUGGUCACUUCGGCUAUGUUGAAUUUCUGACAGCAUCUGCGAUGUCCAUCUCACUGCCGAGGGAAGUCUCAAAUGUGGCUUCUCGGGUUGUCCAAUUGGGCAGAACAAAGGAAGCGGAUCAUGCUGCAGUUGAAGAAGUUGUCCAUGGCACCCAGCAAAGUGGAUCUGGAUUGCAAGCGGCUGGAGCUGAGACUUUGCGUUUCAAUUUUGACAACUUUCAGUUCGAGCCUGCUUCUACGGAUGAGGUAUGUAUCGACUAUCAAUGUCGAUAUUGUCACCUCGACUGGGUUGGAAAUUAG